ACCAUCUGAGCCUCUGGAAGAAACUUGGCCAUCCAGCAGCGUGGAUCUUCUGACCAUGAUGGAAGAGCAAGAUUUGGCUGGCCUUGAAGCUGGAAGAAACCUCGACGUCCUGGAGGUUGGAAAUGGGGCAGAAUUCUGGGGGAAGAAGGUGCAGAAUAUCCUGCGUGGGGUGCACGGCUGCUGGGCAGAGCAGCACAAACGGUUCAGGGAGUUUUGCUACCAAGAAGCGGAAGGUCCUCGGGAAGUGUGGAGCCGAAUUCAUGACCUUUGCCACAAGUGGCUGAAGCCCAAAAGGCACACGAAAGCUCAGAUCUUGGACCUGGUGAUCUUGGAGCAGUUCCUGAAAAUCCUGCCCCCAGAGAUGGGGAACUGGGUUCGAGAGUGUGGGCCAGAGACCAGCUCCGAGGCUGUGGCCUUGGCGGAAGGGUUCCUCCUGAGCGAGAUCGAGGGAGCACAAGCACAAGGGAUGCUGGCCAGACCUGCCUCUGAGUUUCCCGACACGGAGAAUUUAUCAGCCGACAUAAAUCCGAGGCCACGGUUUGAGAAAAUUGUGGAUGAUAAGGCCGCCUCUCUGGAAAAUGAAAUGGCCGUGGAUGGUGGGAUGGGAACCGCUUCUCUGCAGUCAGAUCAGGGCUCAGGGCCCGUUAACAAAGUGGCUACAGAGGAAAGGACUCCAUUAGAUCCAAACCAGAUGGACACAAUAGAAGAGAAUUAUGGGACCUUGCCGUCUCUGGUGCCCCAAACUAAAUUCACCUCAUGGCAGGAAGUAACUGAGGACCCAUCUGUCAAGGAUUCUCAAGGAGAAGAAAGACCAGCAGAUGACGGCAAAAGCAGUAAACAGGAUAAACAGAAAUUUGAAGAAAAACAGAAAUGGGGAGAGAAACCUGUCCCUUUUGAAGAGGCUGACUUCUCUCAAAUUCCAAAAUUAGAAGAAUAUAAUGAAGAAAUGAAAAAUACGAGUAAUAGUAGAGAAAAGCCACUGAAAUCCCUUGAGUUUGGAGGUGGCUUAAGUGAGCAGGUAAGACUUACUAAGCCGCAGAGAACAGGAGGUAAAACCUAUAAAUGCUUAGAGUGCGGAAAGAACUUCACAAACCUUAAGUCACAUCAAAAGAUGCACACGAGGGAGAAACCAUAUAAAUGUUCUGAAUGUGGAAUGACUUUCACCUACAGCAUGAAUCUCAAAUCGCAUCAAAAAAGCCACACUGGGGAGAAACCGUACAAGUGUUUGGAAUGCGGGAAGAGUUUCACUCACAGCAUGAACCUGAAGUCGCAUCAGAAAAUCCACACGGGAGAGAAACCCUAUAAGUGUUCAGAGUGUGGGAAGAAUUUUAGUUACAGCAUGAAUCUGAAGACCCAUCAAAGAAUUCAUACCGGGGAGAAGCCAUAUAAAUGUUCUGUCUGUGGAAGGACGUUCAGGUAUAGCAUGAAUCUGAAAACACACCAGCGAACUCACACGGGGGAGAAACCAUAUAAAUGUUCUGAAUGUGGAAUGGCUUUCAGCUACAGCAUGAAUCUCAAAUCGCAUCAAAAAAGCCACGCUGAGGAGAAAUCAUACCACUGUUCGGACUGCGGCAAGAAUUUCAGUGACAGCGCAAACCUGAAGUCGCAUCAAAAAAUCCACAUGGGAGAGAAACAGUAUAAAUGUUCCGAGUGUGCAAAACAGUUCAGUAGCAGUUCAGACCUUAAACUGCAUCAGAGAGUUCAUGUAGGGAAAGAACUCUCUAAUGCUCCCAAGGAACGCGUUUAAAGUCACUGUGCAACCUGUAAGAAGAUUGUACUGAAAGGAUAUUGCUGGAUGUGGGAUCCUACUUUUCACAUCUUCUAUCCAGGGAGGUCUACAAGGUGGGGUUAAAAAAAGUCAAAGUUGAGGGCCCUGUGGCCCUGUGAUUGAAUCCCUGUCCCUUUUAAUCUGUGUUAAACAGGAAUCACAUAAAAAAAGAGCAGGGCUUAGUUCAUGUGGCCAUGAUUACCAUCUAGAUAUUUUCAAUACUUCGUAGAGUUAUUCCUGCUUGCUUCAAAAUAUGGAAUGAAUUGAGCCUUCUAAAAUGCUUAGUGUUUGAGGUUAAUUUCAUUGAUAGUCUUAAAACGUUGAAUUUCAGCAGAGGACAACUGCGUGUUUUUAUGUGCAGAAGUAUCCCACCUUAAACUUGCAUCAAGCAAUUUCUCAUGGAAGUGAGAAGUGAUAGUCCCAUGUAUCAAACAAUCUUCAGUCCUAGCAAAAGUCUUGCAUCCGGUCAGGGAAUGUAGAGAGGGGAGAAUCAUAUUAAAUUGUAAUAUGGACUGAAGGGGGGGGGAAUUUCCCAUGAUCGCAUAAUGCUUCGUUUUAAAAGAGAUUCCAUGAACUCCGUGGAAAGAUAUGUAAAUAAUCAAGGAUCAGUUUUUAUCUGGCCGAUCUCUGUAGCCAAGAAGGAUUCAGCAUGGUAGACCAAGAUUCCUUUGCUCAAAAUGUGGCAGAAAAUUCCUUCUAGUCCAUGUAUGUGUGUUUUUAAUUGGGCACCUAACUAGUGACCUCAAAUUAACUUUGACAAAAAAAAAACCCCUAUCAUUAUAGUUAAUACUAUAGUUGAUUUGUUGGGUGGUGGUGGUUUUUUUAAUAUCUCCAUACUGUCACUUUAUGCCAACGGUCCCCAACCCUUUUUGGCUUGGAGACCCAGCGCUGGGAAGAGCGGAUGGUUUCAUGCAAGUGGCAGGCAAGUGCACAAAGCUCCAUUAUGCGAGUGGAGCUUUGCAUGUGAGCGCAAGCGCCCGCAACUCACAUAAGUGGAGCUCCACACGCAUGCUCACCCGCUGCUUGUGCAGCUCAGUUCCAAAUGGGCCACAGCCCAGGGGUUCGGGACCUCUGCUUUACACAGUCAUUUUUAAUCAAUCCAGUGUUGUACUGCCUGCUUAUCUUUGUCCAGGACUUGCCUUUAAUUCAAGGUUCCCAAAGCUCUGGAUGAGAAGUAUGGGAGUAUUACUAUUAUUUUUUUAAGAAAACCUGAAUUUUCCUUGUGGGGCAAGUUUUUCAAAUGCAGCUUUCCCCAUAUAAGCCUUUGUAAAUUUUACUACUAUUGGUAGGGAACUCUGGGUAGUGUACAUAAUUUAAAUGCUGUGGAGGAUGGGAGAGUUGAUCAAGGGAAAAUUAAAAUUGUCAAACUGCAAUGCUCUUAUUCUUUCUGUUGCAAUGACUGAGGCAAAUGGAACGUCAUAGGUGCUUUCAAGUGAAAUUUGAAGGAGGAAUUCCUCUGCAUCUCAACAUUUGGCUUAUAGGCUUUAAAAAGUCAGUGAAUUAAGGAAAAUCUUACUGACAAACUGAUCACAUACUCCAGCUUAAAAUUUAAUCUGCGUUCCUUUUUCUCUGUUUUUUUUUUUUUCUUGCUUGCAUCAUGUCACUUUCAGUUUUCUUGAGUCAAUUUGUCCUCGUUCUCCACCCCAUUGCACAAUCUUCUGUAAAAUAAGAUCUGGAGUACCGAAUCAUCUUUAUUUCCAAGAACAUGUUUGGUUUCCACAUAGGCCCAGGAAAACGAUCAAAGUUUUUAAAAAAACAUGGCUGUAGCACAGUCCAAUGUAUCAUUCUACUUUUCCAGAAAAAAAUGUCAUUUCAGCUAGAUAUUGAUGGUAAAUAUUGUGGUGAGCCAGAAAAUGUUUUGGUGAAUAAUGUAAGCACCUGCUUCAUGAUUAUUUUUUUCUUUGAAUUUGAUCAUACCUGCAUUGCCAUCAUUUUGUGAAAGGGCAACUCCCAUCAACCAUUUUCUUUGGGUAUCAAUGAUCUUGUGCACUCUGAAUUUGUAAAGUAAAAGAUUGAGGGCCUCAUAAUUCUCAUAAUAAAGAUUUCAUAAUAAAAUGUUAGGGGUUUCAUAACUAAUAGUAUUUUCUGCAGUUCUCUUACUUCUCAUGAAGAAUUCCCAUAGGAGGGAGGCUCAUAAGAGUAUGAAAAGAGCAAUACUUAAAAUGAUCAGCUUACCGUAAAGGGAUCCACAUUAUUAAGAAACCCUACAAAUGUAUACAGCGUGGAAAGAACUUCAGGUAAAACUAUUACCUUUGUCUGAAGGAUAUGGAUCAGAAAGAGAAAUAAUACUGAAUACAAACAGCAGACUACGUGGUCGGAAGUUAUUGACUUCGCCUACUGUUACUUACGUGAUUGAGAUGGUAACCCAAGUUGAUAAAUGUACAAUAUAGUUUGGAGUCUUCAUUUGCGAGAUACAAGCAAUAAUAUCCUACCUUGGUGCUCC